AUGGCUGCCUCAAUUUUCCCUUCAUACCCCCCCUCAAUAUCAUCUAAGCAAUCUUCAUACUUGCUUAAGUCUUUUAUAGAUUGGUCGCUGUUUAAUGGUCUUAGCGUCCGCCCACUUCAAGCGGAAAAUCAAAACGGAGCUCUAGCAGUACAUGCACCAGUAACCUUAUUCCCGAGUCCCUUUCCGAGAGCAUGUUUUGAGGAGGCAAAAGCGGUCCAGAUAUGGUUCAAUGAGUUAUAUGCGAGAAUUGCAGCGGAUGAGGAGUGGUUAUUGAAAAUUGUGGACGAAUUGAUCGAGGUGGACGAUUUCAUGGCCCGUUUAUACAAAGUACAUCUUGAUGUCAAAAAAGAAGGCUUUGUUCAGGAUCUUUCCCUUGGCAUAUUCCGGUCAGACUACCUGAUUCACGUGGACCCUUUGUCUCCAACCUCACCACCUAUCAUUCAUCAGGUCGAAUUCAACACCAUCUCUGUGUCUUUUGGAGGUCUCGCGACUCGCGUUUCGGAACUCCAUAGACACUUACUGCGAAUGGGCGCAUAUCCAUCGGCGACGGCCAACUUAUUAAAGCAGAAGAAUAUACCACUGGAUCCCUCGGCUAAGGAAAUAGCCAAUGCUCUGGCGGCAGCGCACAAGGCAUAUGGCCUUGGAGGAUCGGGACGUAAUACGGCAAUAUUAUUCAUCAUUCAGGAUGAUGAAAGAAAUAUUUUUGAUCAAAGGUUGAUAGAAUAUAACCUCCUAGAAAAUCACGACAUUCAGUGCUAUCGUAUCACAAUACAACAAGUCCCGGAUCUCAUCACUCUGGAUCCUGUAACAUAUGCGUUGAUAUAUCAUCCGCCGCAUGAUGAUGGAGUCCAUAUGGAGAUAUCUACGGCAUAUUUUCGCUCAUGCUAUGGUCCAGAAGAUUUUCACUCUGAGACUGAUUGGGUAUCUCGUACUACAAUUGAGCGCUCAAAAGCUAUUAAGUGCCCAUCAGUCAUCACCCAGUUAGCUGGAGCCAAAAAGGUGCAGCAAGUCCUCGCCAUGGAAGGUACUGUUGAAAGGUUUCUCCCAGACACGUCGAUCUCAACUCGGGUUCAAAAUACUUUCGCCGCCAUAUAUCCACUCGAUACCUCAUCGGCUGGUCUAGCCGCUCGUGACCUGGCACUCAAUAACCCGGAAAAGUAUGUUCUGAAGCCACAGCGGGAGGGGGGAGGGAACAAUAUCUACAGAUCUAAGAUACCCGACUUCCUCAAGUCAAUCCCGGAGUCGCACUGGAGCAGUUAUAUACUCAUGGAAUUGAUCGAACCGCCGAGUUUAGGUAAUAGCAUAGUUAGAAAUGGAAUUAUCACAACUGGCGAGGUUAUUUGCGAACUAGGCAUUUUCGGGGCAGUACUUUGGAGAAACGGCAAAGGGCUAGAAAGUGGCAAAGGGAUAAAGGAGAUUGUUGUGAAUGAAGAGACUGGUUGGCUAUUGAGAACGAAAGGAAGAGAUAGUGAGGAAGGUGGGGUAGCAGCAGGAUUUGGAAGUGUUGAUGGCAUUUUACUCGUUGAUUGA